AUGUAUCUCAUUUUUUUAAUCACUGCUUGCAUUGCUAAUACAGUAGGAGGAAAAGAAAUACGUGAUGACAACGACGACAAUCAAGUUACCGAUGAGCAACGUCUUUUACGUCAUCUAUUCGGACAGUACGAGAAAGCAGUAAGACCUGUGAGAAAUGCUUCUAAUACAGUGGUGGUAAGAAUGGGCAUGACGAUGACCAAUAUUUUCGAUAUGGAUGAGAAAAAUCAAGUGCUAACAAUAAAUGUCUGGCUAGAUCAAGAAUGGAAAGAUGAAUUAUUGGUUUGGGAUCCGAAAAAAUUUGGUGGAAUUAAGUCCGUUCGGGUACCGUGCGACCUGAUAUGGUUACCUGAUAUCGUCCUUUAUAACAACGCAGACGAUUAUACAGUUGGCUCCAUGCACUCGCGUGCAAUAUUAUUUUACGAUGGCACAGUCUUCUGGCCUCCGCCAACACAACUUCGUAGUACUUGUAAAACUGAUGUGACUUAUUUUCCAUUCGACAGUCAGCACUGCUCAAUUAAAUUCGGCUCGUGGACUUAUCAUGGUCUCCAAGUCGAUAUCACAAAUCGCAGUAUAAAUGUUGAUUUAAGUAACUAUGUGGAAUCAGGAGAGUUUGAUCUGGUGAGAGUAUUCCAGAAACGUCGAGUUGUUAAGUAUACAUGUUGCCUGGAACCGUAUCCAGAUGUUACAUUUUACAUUCAUAUCAGACGGAAGACGCUUUAUUAUUUGUACAAUGUUGUAUUCCCAUGCUUAAUGAUGUCCGUUUUAACUCUUCUUGUAUUUGUUUUGCCGCCCGAUUCCAACGAGAAAAUCGCAUUGGGAAUUACAGUUCUUCUUGCAUUCUCGGUCUCUGUGUUAGCUAUAGCAGAGAAAAUGCCGGAAACAAGUGAUUCAAUACCUUUAAUUGGAAUUUACUUGACUAUUAUUAUGCUUCUAACCAGUAUAUCUGUCAUUAUGACUGUAAUGGUAUUGAAUUUCCAUCAUCGUGGUCCAUUUGACCGUCCCAUACCAGAAUGGGUUCGUGUGCUUGUACUGCAAAAACUACGACAUUUUCUAAAAAUGCAUAUACAUCGAUUAAGCAACAGAGAUGGUUUGUUUGUGUCGAAUGGUCAACCAGGCAGAACAUGCUCACGAAAGAUUAUUGACUUGAAAUUACAUAAUAAACUCGAAGACCAAUUAGUUCGAUUGCAAGAGACCGAAUUCAUCAACAUUGACAGACAUUUAACAGCACGUAGAACAAAGCGAAGCAUCGAUUUGCAAGUUCGUCUUCAUAUGUUAUUGCAGACAUUUUUGAAACGUCAGGAAACGAACGAAUUAUAUCAGAUGUUGACAAGUGAAUGGCGACAAGUAGCUCACGUAAUCGAUUGUUUGCUAUUUUGGGUAUUUCUCACAUGCACAUUGAUGAUAACUGUUAUUUUACUUGUCAUUAUACCAAUUAGGUAUCGUUCAUCUGAUGAUUCUCUCGAUGAAAACUCUGAUUGGAACGUGUAA